AUGUAUAACAACCAAGAAAUAUAAUAUUACUUAAAGAUAUCAAAGAAAAUCACAUGCAAUGAUUUAUUCAACAUCAGCUGUUUUAUUAUAAUAUAUUUAAAUGAAUAUUUUGAAUAGAUAACAAAUAUUAUUAGAUAUUUAGAUAAUUAGGGAGGAUAAUUGAAAAGCAGUCUAAGUAAAUAAAAAUUAAAAUGA